AUGAGAUAAAAAGCAAAAAUAGGUGUACUAAAAGAUAACAGUCUUAUUAACUUUGAUAUGAUUCUUUUUGAGUAGCUAAUUAAGAAUGGAAGCAAUAGCAGUUCAUACACUUCAAAUCAUAAAAUAAUUCUUGCUAUGUUUAAAUUUGUAUCAAAAAUAUAGAAAUUUAGAGGAAAUAUAUUAAUAUAAGACAUAUGA